CUGACUUGAAUCGUGUCUCACUAGUACUUCCGAGAUUCAACUUGUGCACUGAAUGCCCCUGGACUGCUUUUCUGACCCUCUGAAUUUGGCCAGUAUUUCCAGCUGCUUAUCAUGUUUGGUUUCUCGAUUUGGUGGGCCCCUUUAUUGGCAUUGGCUGCCAUUGUGGUGGCUCGGUAUGCGUACCUACUUUGGUUUCACCCACUUUCCAAGUAUCCGGGGCCGAAACUCGCUGCAUGUACUGAACUUUGGUAUGCGAGAAGUUGGACUGGAGGGAGAUGGCAUUUAAGGAUCAGCGAAGCUCAUCGAAAAUAUGGGGACGUCAUACGGAUUGCGCCCAACGAGUUGUCAUUCGCGUCCGUGCAGGCGUUCAAAGACAUAUACGGGCCCCCUUCCAAGACCAGGAAGCUAUUCCCAAAAUCUGACCUGUUUUAUGACACCGGCAUCCAGAGCAUGGUGUUUGAGAUGGACCCAGAGGAGCACGCGAAACAGUACAAACUAUUUGCCCCGUCAUUCCGGGCAUCUGCGGUGCGCUCGCAGGAACACGUGGUGCAGGAACACGUGGACCUCUUCGUGUCUCAGCUUAGGUCCCUGGGGGAAGCUGGCAUUGACGCGACAUCAUGGUUCGAAUGGCUCGCUUUCGACAUCAUCGGCCAGCUUGCCUUCGGGGAGUCAUUUGGUGCUGUGAAGAGCGCUCAGCCAAACUACUGGGUCUCACUUCUGCACGGCGCGACGUACGGAGGUACCAUUGGCCUACUUGCCAAACGGAUUGCCAUCUUGGGCCCGAUAAUGCGCUGGGCGCCACGUUUUUCCCAAGGUGCUGCAGAUGCUAUCGAGGACAUGGGGAAGCAUGGGUCACUGACGCUUGAGAAGACGAGGGCCAGGAUCAAGAUGGGCAACGAGCAUGGCGUCGAGGACUUCCUCGCGCCGGCGAUCGGCAGUCUCGACGAGACGCAGCUCGCCCAACAGGCAUUCGUCUUCCUCACAGCCGGCGCUGAAACCAGCGCAACCGCCCUCGCCGCCACACUCUGGUUUCUGUCCCGGCCAGCCUACGCUCACUGCCUUUCCCGGCUGCAGAACGAGGUGCGCAGCGGAUUUCUACGCUACGAUGACAUCACGGGCGAUGCCGUUGCCCAGCUUCCAUAUCUUAAUGCCGUGCUUGAGGAGACAAUGCGCAUCAUGCCGCCUUCGCCUGUUGGCCCACCCCGUGUUAGCCCUGGUGAAAUGGUCGACGGCGUCUACGUACCCAAGGGAGUGUAUGUAUCCGCUGAUAUAUGGUCUUUCACGCGUGAUCCGCGCAAUGUAGAUGGUGAGCCCGAGGUAUUUGAGCCCUCGCGCUGGACCGAUCCGGGCAGGACAAGACCCUAUUCGGCCCCAUUUAUCAUUGGGCCGAGGAUGUGUAUUGGAGUCAACAUUGCAUGGCUGGAGAUGCGUGUUACGCUUGCCAAGAUGGUUUACGCAUUUAAUUGGGAGUUGAAGGACGCUGAUGCCAACGACUGGCUGGAGCGCUGCAAGCUGCUGCAGCUGUGGAAGAAGCCCAAGUUGAUGGUUCGGGUUAUUCCGAGGACGGACGCUUCAUAGGGAAGAGUUGUUCAAAAGGUUGAACUGGAUUGCUGGGUCACAACAUGGUGGCUUGAAGAAUACAAGCUCUAGUACCUAGGUAGAGACCCUUGCAGUUGCCUUGAAACAGCAGACAUGCCUGCAUUAGGUGACAUGGCUCGGUAGGAACAUCACCAACAUGUAGUAGCGCAUUGGUCCAACCAACAUACUACCCUAGGGUCAACUGGUAGCUGCGGUCUCAGGGUGUGCACAGCGGCUUGGCUAUUGGCUUCGGCGGCGGGAUUGGCUAAACAUUUAAUCAAGGUCCUUUGAAUCCUA